AUGGCUGAGGAGGAGCAUAACAUGGUCGAUGAGAAGAAAUAUGGUAAACCUCAUGAAUAUGAUCCAUCGUUUCAUGGCCCUAUAGAAAAUAGAUCAUGUACAGAUAUAUUUUGUUGUAUAUUAUUUGUAGUAUUUAUCAUUGGCAUGAUAUCUUGCUCCAUUGUAGCAUAUUCCCGGGGUGAUCCUCAGAGACUAAUACAUCCUACAGAUUCUAAAGGUCGACUUUGUGGACAAGGGGAACUGGCUGACAGACCCUAUCUGUUUUUCUUUGAUUUAUUUCAAUGUUUUAAAAUGGGACCAGGAGUUGCUCUGGCUGGUUGUCCAACACCACAGGUAUGUGUGAAAAAGUGUCCUAGUUUUCAAUAUGUCUAUCUACAAGCUAGAGUAGACAGUACAGCUAGAAAUAAGACUAUUUGCGUUGAAGGUGUUGAUCCUAACAAGGGAACAUUAGAUGAUUUUGAGAGUUUAGUAAAGAAAGAUUAUUGUGCAGCUUAUUUUGUCAACUCUACUUCAGUUGUUGGAAGAUGUAUACCAUCUAUAUUUGAUAAGAUAUUUGAUAAAAGUGCUGCCAUAGUUACUGAAGGUGGGGAACAAUUAAAGACUGCUGCAGGAGAAGUGGUAUCAGGUGAUAUGCUACAGAAUGGUACAGAAUAUUUAGCUAAGUUUGAUGCUGUAAGAGAAUAUGGUGCGUUGAUAUUUAAAGAUAUUACAGCCUCAUGGUACACAAUAAUAAUAGGAUUAUGUUUUGUGAUGAUUGUAUCGUUUAUAUGGACUGUUUUAUUACGUUGGAUUGUUGGUGUUGUAGUAUGGUUUACUAUGUUAGCUUUUAUUGGACUCUUUGGAUUCAGUACUUAUUACUGUUAUUCUAGAUAUUAUCAUUUAAAGAACUUGAAUUCAACAGCUGAAUUUGGAUUAGCACCUGCUUUUGUUGGAAAUUUUGAAUAUUACUUAUCACUGAAACAAACAUGGCUGGCUUUUGGAUGUUCUUCAGCUACUAUUCUUAUUAUCUAUAUUAUUAUUAUGAUAUUUUUGAUCAAGAGAAUCUGUAUAGCUAUUGAGUUAAUUAAAGAGGGCAGCAAAGCUAUUGGUAAUAUGAUGUUUACAUUGUUAUGGCCCCUAACACCAUUUAUAUUACAAAUAUUGAUAGUAAUAUACUGGGGCUCUAGUGCUAUAUAUAUAGGUUCUAUGGGACCACCAGAAUAUGUUAGAAAUGAAUCCAGUGCGUCUGCAGCUGAUGGUAUUGAUGUUGUUUUACAGCAGAUACCUUGUGAAGCUUCAGAGAAUGAUACAGCAGGAAAACUUUGUCAAUUUGUAAAAUAUGGUGGAAAUGAGUAUACAAUAUUUAUGCAGGCCUUCAUGCUGUUUAUGUUUUUCUGGUUGAUGAAUUUUGUUGUUGCCCUGGGUGAAAUGGUUCUAGCUGGUGCCUUUGCAUCAUACUACUGGGCUUUUGAAAAACCAAAAGACAUUCCAAACUAUCCUCUUGCUUCUUCAUUAUAUAGAGCCCUAAGAUAUCACAUUGGUUCUCUAGCAUUUGGGGCUCUAUUAGUAGCUAUAGUACAGAUGAUUAGAGUGGUAUUGGAGUAUAUUGAUCAAAAACUGAAAGCCAGUGAAAACAAAUGUGCUCAGUAUUGUAUGAAGUGUAUGAAAUGUUGUUUUUGGUGUUUAGAAAAGAUUUUAAGAUUUAUCAAUAAGAAUGCUUAUAUCAUGAUUGCUGUGUAUGGUAGAAAUUUCUGUACUGCUGCUAAAGAUGGCUUCUUUUUGAUCAUGAGAAACAUUGUCAGAACUGUAGUGUUGGAUAAUCUAACAGAUUUUAUAUUGUUUAUAAGUAAACUAAUGAUCACUGGAGCUAUAGGAGUUGCUGCUUAUUUCUGGUUCCAGGGUAAAAUUCCGGUAUUUAAUGAUUAUAUUCCUGAAUUAAAUUAUUAUUUGACACCAGUUAUAGUGUUGGUUGUUGGAGCCUAUUUGAUAACCUGUUCAUUUUUCAAUGUUUAUAAUAUGGCAGUUGAUACCCUCUUCUUGUGUUUCUUGGAAGAUCUAGAGAGAAAUGAUGGAUCCAUUGAUAAACCAUAUUAUAUGAGUAAAGGUUUACAGAAAAUAUUGUCGAAGAAAAAUGAUUAGACAAUUUAAGUUGAUCAAUAGUCAAGUAUAAUAAGUCAGUUAUCUUGGGAGUAUGAACUUGUUUUAUCUGGUCUUAUAUUUGUAUCUUUAAAGAAAUGUGAACAAAAUCAUGAAACAUUUCAGAUUUGUAAAAGGCAUGUAAAUAUUAUGAAAACUGAAUUAGUUGCAUAGUAGUAUUAACAAAAAAAUAUACAGUAUUGUAUUGAAUAUCUUGCCAUGUUAUUGAAAUAGUAGUUUGUCUCACAAGUCUUUGAUUAACUUUUAAUUAAUUAUUUAUGCAGGGAAUGCAGAAGAAUUUUCUGAGUGACCCUUCAAGAAAGAUCAAAUAGUCUUAUUUUGAUUAUCCAGACAUGGACAUAUAUGAUCGGUUAUGUCAGUGAAGUAUUUUUGUAUUCCAUUAAUUAUCUCUAGAAACAGGAAAUAAUACUUUAAAUAUAAUUUGCAAAAAUUUUAUGAAUUAAUUGAAAUCAGUUUUACUUUCCAUAUCUCCUUCCAAAUAAAUUGUUGCCAGUCAAUUCAAACAUAGCUUAAGUGAUGUAAACAAACAGUGGGUCUAAAUUUAUAAUCGCUGAGCAGAUUUAGGUUUAUUGUCUUCUCCUAGCCUUUCUACGUAUGUCAAUAUACGUCUUUAGAUUAAGAAUUUAUGGAUAAUUCAUUAUAAAAAUCAUUUUAUUUUUUACUCUGAAAAAUGCGAAAAGCCAU